AUGGCUGCUGAUCGCCAGACUAUUAUGGAAGUGAACCGUUCACUUCGCAACAUCAAGAAUGAACUCGAGAACCUCCUUGAGCGAGGCGUGAUUGACGACUCCGUCUACGACACUAUCAAUACCGCUCUCCCCCCUGAGUCAUCCCUCUCGGGUCCUCUCCGAACCGCUACAGGCGCCGCCGCUGCCCCCAAGAAAACCGCUGCCCCCAAGGCCGCUUCUCCCGCGCCGACCCCGUCCCCGGCGCCCGCCGCCCACGCAGCUCCUACCAAGGCUUUUGAGGAUCUCAAGAUCAAAUCUCAUUCCCCCGCGCCACCCGCGUAUGACCAAACACCUCCUCCUGGCCUCCCCAACCGCAACGUUAAGCCCACUGUUGCUCAUGCCCGCGCCCUGUACCGCUACGCCGCCACUGAUGGUCGGGAUCUGUAUUUCGAGAAGGACGACCGGAUCGCCGUCUACGAAUACAUGAAUCAAGAUUGGUGGAUGGGUCGCAACGAGCGCACUGGCCGGGAGGGUAUCUUUCCCCGCAACUACGUGCUUGUAGACCAAGAGAUGAAGAAGCCUGUCCAGCCUAUGCAUGCGCCGAUGCCUCAGCCGCAAUACGGUUAUCCGCAAGGCCCGCCUCCUCAACAGAACCCAUACAAUGCGCAGGUGCCACCUAUGGCCGUCGCCGAAGGAUCUGGACAACCGGGACAGGAAGGAGAUGGCAAGGACAACAAGGUGAACGAGUAUGGUAAGAAGUUCGGUAAGAAGCUGGGCAACGCCGCUAUCUUCGGUGCUGGUGCUACCAUUGGAGGAAACAUCGUCAACAGCAUCUUUUAG